ACACGGUCACAGUCGAAAUUCGAACACUGUGCGUGCGGACGUGUCGUAUUACGCUCGCGCGUAAUCGCGGUUACGAUUGUUUACAUAACAUUGUCAAAUAAAUAUUCUUAUUAGUAUUAUGAACCGAAUGUGAAUCCUUGUUAAUUGAACUCGAUUGUUUGAUAGGCGUAAGAGUGGAUGCUAUCUGGGUGCGUCGUCGUGGACCAAGUUUGAAGAUGUCUACUUUAAGUGUGCGAGCCCCUGGCCUACAAACCACAACAGUGCUGGACACUAGAUCAUUGCGCAUGCGUGGAGUGACAACGCUUGAUACCGUCAGACGAAAUCUAUUCGGCUGUACAGACAGAGAAGAAAACAGAAGAUUCGUAGAGAGAGAGUUGGCGAGACAGUUAGAGCUUGACAGUCAGAGAUGGGGCUUCGAUUUUGCGAAUGAGAAGCCCUUACAAGGGAGCCAGAGAUUCGCUUGGCAACUGGUGCCAGCGUCUUCAAUACCAGUAGCGCUACGGAGGUCGCCUAUAACAAUAUCUACACAAACUACUAAUGCCAAAACAAUGGAAGCUGAAGUUUCAAGCCCGGACAGUGAAAAGUCUCAGAAGAGAAUAACAGACUUCCUGAAGCCGCGGAAAAGACUACCGAGCAACGGCAAGAAGUCCCCCGCUCACAAACACAAGCAAGAACUCCACGGGGUCCACCUUCGUCCCCCGAAGGUCGCCAGACUAUCGCAGCCCCUCAAGCGAGCGAGCUAGACCAUCUCCGCGGGAUGACCACGGCACCGCCAUGUUCGGCAGCUGAACGUCUCCAGAACUUGCAGAUUUAUGAGCCAAUAAAGCCAGUCUUCGAUUGCAGGAACAUUGUACUCUGGUCACCUAACAUUAAUUGAUGCUUAUUUGAUGUUAAUUGACAUGUCAUAAUUUUAAUAAUUUUCUUGCGUUAGUUGCAUCAUAUUGUAAGCUCGAGAUCUAUAGAAUAUCCUCAGACUUUGCUCAAAUUUUACUCACGUAAAACUCAGCUGAGUGUGAGCUUAGCAAAAUCUUUGAUUUCGUUUUUAACGUCAUUUGACAGCUGAAAUUAUACUGCACUUAACCUAAGACAGCCUAAGGCAAAAGUCAAGUUCGCGUUUUAUCACACUCAGCUAAGUUUACGUAAGUAAAAUCUGAGCAAAGUCUUAGUACGCUCUAUGGAUCUUAAGGUUCCCUUUGUUAAAGCUGGGCUACCAUCAGGUUGGCUUAUACAAUCGUAAGCCUUUAAAUUAUCAAAGUUUGUCAAUAAAUGACUUUUAAAUUUUAAGCAAUUAUUUCCAAAAAUGUUGCUGCAACGAAUCCGGCAAUUUGUAAGUUCUAAAUAGCGGAGUAUCCAAAUAAUUGGUUUUGUCUCAACUAAUCCAAGUUUUUGGUAGAAGGUCUGAACGAAAUGUUAUGCCAAAGUGAACCGAGCUGGUUCAUCGUUUCAUUUGUGGUAAAAUCUCGCCGUUUGACAGAGUUAUUGUGCAAAUUAAUUAUAUUUAAUUUAUUUUCUUUUUCAAUGUACGAUAGUGGAGAACAAUUAUGUAAUGUUAAGUAAUUAUAAGUUGGUUUAGUUUGUAGAGAGCUAGCUUUAUGGCUUUACUUGGCCAUCAAAUUCAUUCACAGGCUGUCAGUUUUAUGCGUUUUGAAGAAGCUAUACACGACAACAUAAAAGAUGUACAAUGACGGUAGUUGAAAAAAAGGAAACUGUCAAUGUCACCCAUUUUGGAUCAUUAGUUGAAUGCUGUCAAAAAGUAAGUUUUCUAUGGCUUGAGUUGUCAAAAACAAUGAGAAUAAAUUAAGUUAAAUUAGGAAUGGGGGGGACGUCGGUAUUAAUCCGCCUGUAGUAAUUCACGGAGUUUUUUUUUUCGAACUUUACGAGUUUGUUGGCAUGUGCCAGUUAGCGUUUGAACCUACAUCCUUUCACUAGCAACAUCACAAAACAAUAUCUAGCUCAAGCUAACGCGAGAUACUUCUCGACAUGGAGCAAUUUAUUUAUAAAGCGACAAUUAGCUAUAAGUUUAUUAUGAUCUCUUUCAAAUUAAUUUAACUUAGUACUGUAGUUGUAAGUUCGGUUUAAGACAUGACUAAAAUUAUGCGAGGUACGUUCUAUAUAUAAGUUACAAUGGAGCUGUCUCGGGGUAUUUUCUACGUUCACGUGAAAAUUAAAUUUUAACGUCGCGUGGAAUUUGUUCUGACGCAUCUUUGGAAUUACCUGCCAUUAUUGCUGAUAUUUCCCUUUAAUGUUAUAAUUCUUAAACCAAAACACAAUAAAACUCACUUUAAAAAUCAAGUGUUUCGUAUUUGAUCGUUUUUUGUAUGUUUUAAACAAAGCGUUGUUAGUUACGUCAGCAAACUGUAUAAUAUUACAUAGAUUUAUCUGAAUGCUGAUAUACUGUUUGAAAUUUCUGAUAUUAAUUAGCGUACGUUUUAAACUCAGUUUUUGUCAGCUGUAGUUUUACUCAAUUUUUACACAAACUGACACACAGGUCCGACAGUGUAAAGGUCGCUUAAUUAUAAUGUGCAAUUUCAGUAAUUUUAGUAAUUAAAUAGUCACUAUUUCAAACUAUUUUUUUUUUGGUUAUUUUUUUAUGACAUUUGGAAUUUCCAGCAAUAAUUGUUGACAAAAUUCCCGUUUUUGUGUAUAUUUCGAUUAUAACCAAGACUAAUUCAAACAGGCGCUUCAAAUUCAUACUUGGGUCCAACACAAACUGAGUCACUGUUUGUAAUGCCCAAAAUGUUUGUGAAGAUUGCCGUGGUUAUAUUUCUGAGAUAUAUUUUUCUAGAAUUUUCUACGAUUUUUGUCGAUGGAAUUCUCAUAUGAGUCGCAUACGCGGGAAAAUACAUCUACUCAAAUAAUAUCUUGGAGUCGUGUGUUGACAUUUGAAAAGGAAAUUGAGUAUUUGUGUUUCAUGCGAAUAGAUUUGUUUGUUUUGUUGUUAUGAUAUAAUGUUUUAUUUUCAUGAUUGUUUUUUGAUAUUUUCUAAAUGUUUUUUGAAUGUUUUGAUGUGCCUUUUUAAGUGUUGUCUUGAACGCUAACUACAAACACUGGCAGGGCCGACGUUGUUUAUUCUUUUUUGGCUUUUUACAUAAUGAUAUCUUUUUAUAUAUAAUAAAAUCUUUAAACAUAAAUUAAUUCAUUCAUUCGUGGCGCUACAGUGACGACAUUAAAUAUGCAUUUGGGUAGAACUCAACCGUAUUCAUAAAAAAAUAUUCAAAAAUAAAAUACAUAUUUCACUUAAAUAUUUUUUUUUCAAAAUAUCAUUUCGUAACAUCCUGUAAGAAAUCUAGUAGCCGCGCGCUAACGUAAGCUAAAUGUAAGGGUGAUUAAAAAUUUGCUUUCGAAAUAUAUAAUUUGUUUACAAAAUUUCAAUAAUUUGCUUAAAAUUUUAGAAUAUUUUUUUUAUGAUUACAGUUACAUAGCUCUACUGUGUGUUCAUUUAAUGUUGCCAUUAUAACGCAUCGCUCAAUAUCUAAGAAUUUUCUACAGAUUUACAUACUAAUAUUUUUCACAAAUUUCCACUACGGUUUACUAUAGCAAGGUAAAUGUAAAAUAUUAAUUGAUUUUUAGGUAAGACAGUGUCGGCCGUGUCGGUGUUCAAUCGUAAACAGCGCCCUCUAUCAAAGUACAAAUUAUUUCAUUUUCGUUUAGGCUUGAGGGCGUUGACGUAAAAGACACUCAUUAACAUGAUUCAUUUGACAUUAUAUAAUUAUCAUUAAUUUAAUUUAAUAAAUAUGUAAACUUGGUGUUUUGUAAUUUGCGGAAAUAAUGAAACAGUAGGAUUAUUUAAUUGCAAUAUAAAAUUUCAUUUAUUAUAAAUUUAGUUAAUUCAUAAUAAAUAUAUUAUAAUUUAUCCGAAUACUUAAUAAAUUGGAGCAAAGUUUUAUUUUUUAUAAAGAUUUUUUUUUUUCGUAUUAAUAGAAUAUCUUAUCCUGAACAAUAACGGUGUUAUAACAAAAAAGUUAAACAGGUGUUGGACACUUGUUUUAAAAAAGUUCUAUUACAAUUCCGUGCUUUUCUGUUAUUAGCGUCAAUUUAGACGUCGCUAAAUAGUUAGACACUGUUUAACAAAACACGUGUCUAAGCAAUGUUUAAAUUAUUUUUAUACACCGUUAGUGUCCGAAUACCUACUGUUUCCACAUAGGCGCCGUUGAGUUUUGUAAAGUGAGUUGACAAAUACUUAUUAUAAUGAAAUGUGAACACUUGACUAAAUAACUUUACGAGCUGUUGGGAGCUUUAUAUAUAUAUUUAUAAACUAGCCGUGUUUGUUUAAUGACUUGAUUAAUAAUUUAUGAAUUGUGUUAAAUUGUACUCUCCGAAAUGAACUCCCUCCUCCAGAAUUCUUGGAGAAUUUGUUUGUUUCGGCGAUUACAUAUAUAAUUAAUUAAGUUUACGUGUUACGUUGUGCCAAACAUAAGGCCCGCUGCACACGAGAGAUUCUAUAGUUUGUGCGAUCGCAUUUUAAUUUAAUUUAACACCUGUGAUGUAUUAAAUAUGAUCUCAGAACAUAAUUAUUCAAAUAUCAUAUAUAUUUUUGUUGUAGUUUUUAACUGGGAAGUGUUGAGCCCGUAUCCCUUGGUAUGAGAAAUAAUUUAAUACAUCAAUAUGUUUUGGAUAUGUUGUGACUGGAAAUAUCACUGUAAAUUAUGGCACUUGUGUAUUUAUUGAAAUAUUGUUCAGUCACUGAGGUGGGAUACAGUAGGUACCGCUCGCUCGAUAGCGGAGAGACGCAAUACGUGCGACUAAGUUCGCGUGCACGAAGUGUAAAUAAUGGGCAAUUUUUAAUUAAAGUUUAUUGUGUAUCGUGUUCCAUAUUAUAUAUCAUGUAGUGUAUAAAACUUUAAUUUAGAUUUUUAAAAAGCUUAUUUCAUAUGGUA